AUGGCUUCUUCCUCGAUUUCUCAUCAACAGUGGCGAUACCCCUUCCAUCUAAACCCGAUCAACUCAACACAACACCUCUGUGAUUCGCUUUUUGUCGUUCUUCUUUGGCAUCUCCGUUCGCCUCCUCCCGAUUGUUCCACCAUCUCAAUAUCUCAUGGAUUUCGCUCGUCACUUUUCCUGCAUAGUAUAAUAUUUGAAUGCAAGAUGGUUGAAGAAGCAAGGAGUUUAGACACGAAGACUAGUGAAGAUGAAACCAAAGCUUUGGCCAUGGGGUUGAUGAAGGUGAAAGAGAAAGAAUGGUUGAAUAUUGUAGUUAGGUGA